UAAAAUAAGAUAGACUCUAAAUAGUAUUACAGUUAAAUAUCAUGUUUGGUAGCGUUGGAUAUUGUUACACCGAAUUGGUUAAUAAACAUGUAAAUAAGCGUGUUUCUUAUCACUUGGAAUCUCCGAUAAGAGUCACUCAUUGCAAGAGUUACUUAGAAGAAAGAGGAAUAUUGCAAAAGUGCAUAUAUAUCCCAUAUAGUCCAAUAUCUGAAGCUUUACUUCUAAAGGUUCAUGACCAAAGUUAUUUAGAUAUAUUAAAAAGUUUCACUGAUGAUCAAAAGAGUUUUGUCUUUGAAAAUGAAAGUACGGUGGAUUAUAGAUAUACUUACGUUUGUAAGGACACAUAUGAUGCUAGCUUGACUGCUGCGUCCUGUUUAGUUACUCUUUCGGAUCAAGUUUUAGCUGGAAAGGUCAAACAUGGUAUUGCUUUAUGUCGACCACCGAAUCACCAUGCAGAAAAGAAUUUAGCUACUGGGUUCUGUUUUUUAAAUGGUAUAGCUAUGAUGGCUGAGAAUGCUCUUGCUAAAGGUAGACAGAGAAUUUUAAUUUUAGACUGGGACAUUCAUCAUGGAAAUGGGAUACAAAAACACUUUUAUAGGAGAAAUGACGUUUUAUAUAUAUCUUUUCAUAGAUAUGAUCAUGGGGAAUAUUAUCCAGGCUUAAAAAUUGGCAAUUUUGAUGCAAUAGGAGAAGGCAGAGGGAAACAUUUCAAUAUCAACAUUGCUUGGAAUGAUGAAAAGAUGACCAACGGAGAUUAUAAAUACGGUUUUGACCAGAUAGUCGAACCUGUGAUGAAUCAAUAUCAACCAGAUUUAGUUAUUAUUGCUUCAGGUUUUGAUGCUAUGGAAAAUGACCCUUUAGGAGAGUAUCAUCUUACACCAUCAAUUUACAGCUACAUGAUUAAUAAAAUAAAAGAUAUAGGGAAAACUAAUAUACUAAUAUCUCUGGAGGGCGGUUAUUCAAAGGAUAACAUAGCUGCAGGAAUGGCAGCCUGUAUAGAAAGCCUUCAGGAUAAUGUUCUUCCAGAUACCAACUGGAAUGAACCUAAUGCAAAAUGCCUACAAACUAUUAAUCAAGUAAAAAGAGCUCAUAAUGAAUAUUGGAAUUUUUAA